AUGAAUCAACCGGGUUCAUCGUUUGGGCGCAGAACUCCAUUCGGUCUAGCUCCUAGCUCACCGGAACGACAAAGCAGUAGGCCGGUUGAAAUCGGAGCCGCGUCGAUUGCGGAAGAGCUCAGAAUCCCGUACAUUUGCAAUGUAUUUUCUUCAACAUCACUUGAUGAUGUUUCGCGAAUUGCACCGAAAACAGUGAAAUGGAUGGAAAUUUAUCCUUUCUCCGAUCGAGCAAUUAUGGAAUACAUUGUUCAACAAGUUGAACAAGCAUCAUUUCAAGGAAUAAUUCUGAACAUCAACGAUAAAUUGAAUGACUCCAAAUUUCAGGACAUCAAAGAACUUAAGAAUACCUGUGCUCCACCGUUGUUGGCAAAAUUAGUGAGAAACUUCAAAUCUUGGUCGAAUCCACGAUUGGUGCCUUUGGAUGCUGAAUCAGCUAAGCCGUACUUAGAUUGGAUGAACAGUAUCACCAAGCUACCAAUAAUCCUGAAAGGCAAAUUCAGCAACACCGAAAUGAAACUGCUCUAUGGCAGGGGUGUUUUUGGAAUAUGUCAAGUAUUUACACAAGAAUUGUGGCAAACUCUAUCGGCCGUAGAGUUAUUGCAUCCUACAAUUGUGAGCGGCGACGUUAUCUUCGAAGAAGAUGUCAACAAAGUGCUAGAAGCGGGUGCCGAUUUUGUCAUCAUUGAACGACCAAUACAGUGGGGAUUUCAAGUGGAUGGCGAAGCUGGAAUCCAUCAUAUCAUUCAAUUGUAUGAGAAGAAUCGGAAACCACGUCAUCGAUAA